CAAUCGGAAAGUCCAGAUUGUCAAUCAUCGCCGGCGGAUAGCGAUUAACCUAAGCUCGAAAAUGGAAGCUGGGAGCACACCUGUGGACCUCUUGGCUGGAGCGUCCCUUAAUCCGAAGCCCAAGAUUGUGGUGAUAUUGGGUGCCAGUGGAUCAGGCAAAUCCAAAUUGGCCAUCGACCUUGGUUUCCACUUCCCUAUUGAAAUUAUAAACGCCGAUUCGAUGCAGGUUUACAGAGGCUUGGAUGUCCUUACUAAUAAAGUUCCAGUUCACGAGCAGAAAGGAAUCCCCCAUCAUCUUUUAGGGACAAUUAGUCCAAAUGUUGAAUUCACAGCUAAAGAUUUUAGGGAUUCUGCUAUGCAGCUUAUUGAUGAGAUAUGGUCUCGGAACUGCUUGCCUGUUAUAGUAGGUGGAACAAAUUACUAUAUCCAGGCUCUUGUUAGUCGGUUCCUAUUGGAUGAGCAUGCAGACUAUCUUCCUGGAGAUAACGAGAAGGAUGAUUCUGAACUUGGGCCGACCAGUACAAAUUGUGAUUAUAGUUAUAGUCGGCUUAAAGACAUUGAUCCAGUUGCAGCAGACAGGAUUCACCCAAAUGACCAAAGGAAGAUCAAGCAAUAUCUAAGCCUAUAUUCCCAAUUCAGUGUCCUUCCAAGCAAGUUUUUUCAGGGGAAUACCAUGCAGAACUGGGGUCGAGCUGUUAAUUUAAAAUAUGAUUGCUGUUUUAUAUGUGUGGAUGCAUCGCUCCCAGCAUUGGAUCAAUAUGUUAAUCAUAGAGUUGAUUGCAUGGUUUCUUCUGGUCUGCUUAGUGAAGUCCGGGACAUCUACAUCUCAAAUGCUGAUUAUACGCGAGGACUGAGGCAGGCAAUUGGAGUCAGGGAAUUCGAGGAUUUUUUAAGAUACUGGAACUCUGAACAUGAAUCGUCUUUUGCAUGUCCUGAGCUGUUCCAAGAAAAUAUGCGCCUAAUAUUGGAUUCUGUCGGCAAUGACCGACCAAAAUUCAAGUUGGAAGAAGCUAUUGAAAAAGUGAAAUUAAAUACCAGAAGACUUGUUCGUCGUCAGAGAAGAAGGCUUAGUCGACUCGAAGAACUAUUUGGCUGGAACAUACAUUUUAUUGAUGUCACAGAAUGCCUACAAUGCGCUUCGGACAGUUUAUGGACUGCGAAUGUGGUGGAACCCUCAGUAAGCAUCAUUAAAUCUUUCAUGGAUGAAACUGGUACUUCAGAAUCCGCCAUUGGAGGUUGCAAAGAGAUCAAACUAGCUCAGAAGGACCUCUGGACUCGAUAUGUUUGCCAGGCAUGCGGAAAUAAGGAGCUUAGAGGCGAGCAUGAAUGGGAGCAACAUAAACAAGGACGCAGCCAUCGCAAAAGAGCAUCCAAGAUUAAAAGGUCAGGCGUACUUUUCGAUACAUCUCAUACCAGUACAAUGAAAAUAAAUAUAUGAUGAUACGAUCUCCGAAUAGGCUAAACUUUGAAGAUAUGUCUCCGUUCUAAAAUUUAUUUUAGGUCUUGUCUGCUGCAUAUGGUUCGCGCAGGGUGACUUACUUUUUCGAAUUUAGUUUGUCGGCUAUUAGAUUCGGACGAAAGUUUACCCAGAGUGUAGAUGAAAAAAAUUGGUGAA